UGGUGGGCAAAAGAGGAAGGAAAAAAGCACAAGCAAGCAAGCGCCACGCAACACAUGUGGCUACGUUUUGUGCUGUCGUGCAUGUGGUCGUGGGUCGAGUCCUUCCUGCCUGUCACCUGCUGUUGUAACUGUGCAACACGUGGUGCGACCGCCAGUGCUGGUGGUGUUGGUAGUGUUCCUGGCGUGCGUUGUGCGAUUUGCUUCUCGUCUCUCGUGCACAGCACAGCACAACACACACACACACAUGCACACACGCACAUACAUACACCAACACGCCACCAGGUACAGCAACAAAGGGAUGUGGCAGAGGAGGGCCGCGGCGGCGACGAGCCAGAGAAUCAGCACUGCUGCGGGCACUGCAGGCACUGCAGGGAGAAGGUCAUGGCUGCCUUUUGGGCGCAAUCGCAUGGGGCGUGGUGCCAUUAGGAGCAACAGCACCGGCUCUGUCAAGCAGAAUCUUGUGGAGAAGAUUGUGCAGCGCCAUGUGACGCCUGCAUCUGCCACCGCCGUGCGCAGUGGCGACUUUGUGUCUGUUGCACCAGCGUUCGUCAUGACCCACGACAACACUGCUGCAGUCAUGCAAAAGUUCGAUGAGCUGGGUGCUGACCAUUUCUUCAACCCACACCAAGCCGUGUUCACCCUGGAUCACAACGUCCAAGACAAGUCAGAGAAGAACUUGGCCAAGUACAGAGCCAUUGAGGCAUUUGCAGCGAAACACGGCGUCACCUUCUUCCCUGCAGGGCGUGGGAUUGGACACCAGGUCAUGUGUGAGGAAGGAUUUGUGUUUCCAAACAGAAUGGUGGUCGCAAGUGACAGCCACUCAAACAUGUAUGGUGGUCUCGGCUGUCUUGGAACACCGAUUGUGCGAACAGAUGCAGCUGGUAUCUGGGCAACUGGGCAAACGUGGUGGCAGAUCCCUCCAGUUGCAAAGGUUGUGCUGUCGGGCAAGCUCAGGCCAGGGGUGACAGGAAAGGACGUCAUUGUCACGCUGUGUGGCGCCUUCAACCACGAUGAGGUGCUGAACCACGCCGUUGAGUUCUCUGGCGACGGAAUUGCGUCGCUCUCCAUCGACGAGCGGCUCACCAUUGCGAACAUGACAACAGAGUGGGGUGCGCUUGCAGGCGUGUUCCCGGCUGAUGCUGCUGUUGCUGACUGGUACACGCGCCGGUACGAGGCAUCGGUUCGGCGCAAGUCCGCCUUCCACACCCGCGUCACACGCCAGAAUCUGGAGAGCAUUGGCAAUGACGAGGGCUUGGCGGCUGAUAGCGGUGCACACUACGCGAAGGUGCUGACCCUUGAUCUCGCCACCGUCGAACCGCACGUCUCCGGCCCAAACAGCGUCAAAGUCAUGCACAGCCUUGCAGACAUGGCACGCCGCAAGCAACCCGUACACAAGGCGUAUCUGGUGUCGUGUGUCAACUCCCGUGCCGAGGAUAUUGCGCGCGCAGCCGCUGUUGUCCGCGGAAAGAAAAUUGCCCAGGGCGUUGAGAUGUACGUUGCGCCUGCCUCAACAGAGGUGCUUGAAGAGAGCGAGCGCAGCGGCGACUGGCAGGCACUGCUUGCUGCUGGUGCCGUACCGCUGCCAGCGGGGUGCGGCCCGUGCAUUGGGCUCGGACAAGGUCUGCUGAAGGAUGGAGAAGUUGGUAUCAGCGCAACGAACCGAAACUUCAAAGGACGCAUGGGAUCGCCAAACGCAGAGGCGUAUCUCGCGUCGCCCGAGAUUGUGGCUGCAUCUGCCAUUGCUGGUUUCAUCACAGGGCCGGAGGCUUUCAUCAUGUCCAACAGCGGCCAGCCGCUGUCUGCACACAUUGAGGAAUGCGAACAGCCCCCCACCGAAGCUGCGCAUGUGGCCGGCGAACAGCGCCCUUUGCUUGAAGGAUUUCCGGACCGGAUUUCUGGACGAAUUGUCCUGUGUGCUGAUGAUAACAUCAACACAGAUGGCAUCUAUGCUGGCAAAUACACGUACAGGGAAGACAUUGACCCGCAACAACAGGCGCAGGUGGUGAUGGAGAACUAUGACACAUCGUUUGUCUCGAACGUCCGACGCGGGGAUGUGUUGGUGACAGGGUUCAACUUUGGCACAGGCAGUUCGCGUGAGCAGGCCGCAACUGCACUCAAGCAUGCCGGUGUUUCGCUUGUGCUCAGUGGAUCCGUGAGCGAAACGUACAAACGCAACGCCCUCAACAACGGCCUGCUCGUGCUUGAAGUCCCUGCUCUUGUCACCGACAUGAAGGCGUAUGUGCGGCUGGAGCCCAACACCGCUGUGUUCAUGGCCGACACGAUUGACGUGGACUUUGCACAGUGCUGUGUGCGGUGGAACGGUCGCGCAUACGCGUGCUCGCCAGUUGGACGCAUUGCACAAGAGCUGGUUGUGGCUGGCGGACUCAAGAAUUGGAUUGCGCAGCGCCAGUUGUAGCGUCAGGUGGCAGGUCUUGACGUAGCAGUUGCAAUAGUCGCAAACAAUCAUAUGCCAGUGCUGGUUACAUAUCACACUCUGCUUAGCGCAUCACCUUGUGCACCACCACAUGACAUCGACUUCGACCAGGAUUGUGAGUUGUGCAGCAGAACACACACGCACACACACGCACGCACGCACGCAGAGUCAGCGUGUCAAUUGCUUGCUUGUUCAACUGUGGUCACGCCGUUUAUUGGGAAGGUUGAUCUAAUUUGGCUUUCUGUACACGCACACGCACACAUGCACAAGCACCGCACCCGUCUCCUCGCAACACACGUGCACGCCUGUGCCCUGGAGCGAAGCGAUGUGCCCACUGCACGCGUUCAUUGCACGUGCAUGAGGUGGGAAGACGGGUGGGUGGAGGGCGACACCGAAUACGGAAACGAAACAAAAGCAAAUGCGCACGCAAACGGGCGCAGUUACUAAUGUAAAGGCACAUUAGAAAGGUCAGCAACCACAGCUCAAGAUAAAACGUAAAACUCAC